AUGGCCGCUGAGAUUCAUGAAAAUGGCACUGUGUUGGAGCAGAGGCUGUCUGUUCAAAAACCGGUUGACCAUCAAUUGCCAGAUGACGCCUCGGCCGGCGAGACUCUAGAUGUCGUCCUUGAUCCCGAGAUGGAGAAAAGAUUAUUGGUCAAAUUGGAUCUUGCAUUUGUGCCCAUCAUCAUGCUCACCUACCUGUCAUGCUUUCUGGAUAGAUCGAACAUCGGGAAUGUCAAAGUAGCCGGUAUGCCAGAAGAUAUCAACGCCUCCGACAGUCAGUUUUCAACGGCAGUGUCUAUUUUCUAUGUGACAUACGUCCUGUUUGAAUCGCCAUGGGCUGUGCUCAUGAAGAAACUAACGCCACGAAACAUUUUGACGGGGCUCUGUAUUGUCUGGUCCCUGACCACGAUCUUCACUGGCUUCAUCGAAUCAGUAGGCUCGCUGUAUGCCACUCGACUAAUCCUGGGCGCCUGCGAAGCGGGGCUUUUCCCUUGCUUGAACCUAUAUUUAACCAUGGUGUAUCGCCGCGAGGAACAGGCGAAGCGUGUAUCCUACCUGAUGAGCUGUGCUGCUAUCUCAGGAGCCGUUGGGGGUCUUCUGGCAUAUGGACUGCUGCAGAUGGAUGGCAUUGGAGGCAAAGCAGGCUGGAGAUGGGUUUAUAUUAUCGAGGGAUUAUUUAGUGCGGUUUGUGCAGUUUUGAUUUGGUUUGGACUGCCGAACAGCCCAGCAGAGGCCUAUUUUCUUACUGAUGAGGAAAAAUGGAUGAUGCGAGUCCGGAACGAGCAACGGCAGAAAUACAUGGGCAGUGAACGAUUCAGCUUGGAAGAAAUGCGCAUUGCAUUGGGGGAUCCCAAGCUCUUCUUUUCUGGGAUAAUCCAAUUUUGCCAGGACAUUCUUCUUUAUGGGUUCAGUACAUUCUUACCUACAAUUCUGAAGGGCAUGGGGUAUAAUUCUCUGAUGAGCAAUGUCUUGACUGUUCCGGUCUAUAUUUGGGCGGCCGUCAUUUUCAUAUCGGUCGCCUUUUGUUCGGACAGAUAUUCGAAGUUUGCAUCGUUCAUCUUUUUCGCCAACAUAUUUGGAGUAAUCGGGUACAUCCUGCUGUUGGUGGUAGAAAAUACUGCAGUCAAGUAUUUUGCGACAUAUCUGAUUGGCAUCACUACUUACACCGGUGUCGGUCUCAAUGUCGCCUGGCUGAACGUCAAUAUUGCACCGCAGUAUAGAAGGGCCUUGGAGAUCGGUCUUCAGCAGACGAUGGGUAAUUGUGCUGGUAUUGUGGCCGGUCAGAUCUAUCGUCAGUCCCCGUACGUGUUGGGGAACGCCUUUUCUCUAGGAGCGCUAGUGAUUGCGCAGAUAGCUGUCACCUGUUACGGACUGUACUUGCGGCGAGAGAACAAAAUCAAAGAGCAGAUCAUCAGUGGAGAAAAAGACGAUACCAGGCGUGUUCAGACAGGUGAUGGUGCCGUGGACUUUAAAUAUCAUUACUGA